AUGACUACCAACUCAAAAUCCGUGAGUAUAAGCAACGGUCUGUCGUCAUCAAUUGACGAGAAUGCCUCUUUCGAGUUGGAUGGAGCUGGCAUGUUACUAGUUGAACCGCCUCAACGCCCGACGUCAGAACGUGUAUCUCAGAAAAAAACCUCGGGACCCUCGAUUUCAUUCUCCAGAGAAAUGUUGCUGAAAAUCAAGGAGUCCGAAUUGUCACAUCAAGAACCUGAUGAGUCGUGUAUACUUACCAGCUCAAAAGUCCUGUUCAAGAUUCUCAGGCCCGAGUGCAAAAUCCUGGAGAGGCAAUCCAAGUCCCAAGACCACGGCAGCAUCGUUCUUGGUCCACAGAAACGCUCUUGGAAUACAGGUUGCCAUGUUUCCCAAACCAAACGUUGUCCCCAAGAUUCUACUGUUUCGAAGACUCAUAAAAACUCCCAUGAAAAUAAGUUUUCGCGUGGUGAUUUCAAACGUGAUUCUAAAGGAUCUGAACGGAGUUCGGGUCGUUCUGGUUUCAAUAGUAAUUCUGGUCAUAGCCGUUCUGGUGUACAGGACAGAGGUGAUGCCACUUCUACAAGCACCAUGUCUGACUGUUUCCACAACACAGAAAAAGAACCCGAGUGGUUUACUGAAGGACCUGAAACAAUAAAUGACACCGUUGAACUCGGCCUAGUUAUUGAUGAUGGCGAUGCAAAAGUUCGUAAAUCUCUAAAGGACAAAGAAUCAGAGAAUUCGUCUCGAAAUCCUUCCGAGGUUGACAGUGCCAUUCUCUCGGUGGAUAGUGUUAAACUCUCAACCUCCCCAUCUUUGGUUUCGACCAAUGCAAACGCAGCGGACUUGUUAAAGUUGCUUGAUUUACCUAAGAAAAAUGAUGAGGGCAGCAGGUUUCGCCAUCUUUUUGAAAAGGCCAGUCCGAAGACGUCAGUUGCCAAUGUCGGUGGUAGCACCGCUAUUUCUGCAAAGGACUUGGAAUUGGCUUUGAAGGCCCUUUUUCUUGGAGGCGACAAUCAGAAAUCUGGGAACAUGUCUCUUGGUAACCUCCAAGCCGUUAGUUCUCCAACGGUAACGUCAAAGCCAAAUAUCAUGGCUCCAGCUCCAACCGUGGAGGAGAUCGAGGCUGUUGCAUUUUCUGCUGGAAGUGGUGGAGCUCCACCGAAGCAUCCUUCAGCACAAUCAUGCGCCCUACUUGAUCAGUUGGCCCACCAAUGGAUUCUUAAGCAGAGGGCUCGACCUCAAUCUUGCGGCUUCGGUGAUGGUGAUCACUUAACCCCCAUUAGCCUAGAAGUACUUGAGGCAGUACAACAACGAGAAAAUUCCCUCCUGAGCACGACAGUUUCGUGUCCACCAGGCCUCGAACCGUACCAGGAGCGCAGUGUGACCAAUUGGAACGAAACAUUUCUCUCAGGUGCACCUUUGGUACCCAGUGGGGUUCUUGGCUCCCCUUCUUCAUCUUCGUCACUUAUGAAUAACUUUUUGGCGGCCAAGAUGCACCAAAAUCUCCCCAUUAACCGUCAGGUGCCGCCACCCCCUGGUCUCAUGCCGCCCACUGAUCCUCCGGUGGCUCUUCAACAACCCCAGCGAAGGCCCAUCGUCAAGAGUCUCUCGGUGGUUGAUCCAUCAGUGGUCCAAAAGCAGUCAAGACAACAGCCUUGUUUUGGCUUUAACCCCAACCCCGGAAUGCCUACUCCCGGCCUUCGCCCUGCCACGGGUGUGGAGGCUGCACUAUUACAAUUGAAGAAGAACGCUAGUACAGGUCUACCAACUUACUCAGUCCCACACAGUUCCGCAUUUUCUUCCUCUGGAGCCGUUUGCGCUGGCAAUAGUGGCAGCAACCGUCUGGAACAUCUACUUCUCGCCCCUUCGGCUCGAGCCUCAGCUGGAGGGACCUCAUCGUCCCAUACUCAGUCCCAAUUUAGACAAAACGUCUCUGUACCAAAUCUACUUCUACCUCCGUCGUGGCAGGCUGCCGUACCGCCUGUAGCCUCGUCGUCCUCAUCAAUUUCAACCGACUUAUUUCGCUCAGUUAUUGCAGGAAGCGGUGGCGGCGGCGGCGGCGGCAGCAGCCCAAACUCCGCCCCUGGUCUCGAGCUUACUGCCGUGCACAAAGAUGCACCUUAA